CCACCAUCAGACGAUCACACACCGCCUCACUACCAACAACAUGAAGUUCUUCGUUGUUGCCGCCCUGCUGGCCGUUGCCGCCGCCGACAGCGCGCCCUACACCACUCCGGCGCCCACCUACGCCCCGACCUACAAGCCCACCUACGCGCCCAGGCCCGCCUACCACCCCCAGCCGGCCUACAAGCCCGCUCCCUACAAGCAGGAGAGCUACGACCAGCCGCCCAAGUACGACUUCAGCUACGACGUCCACGGAUACGGAGACUACGAGCCCGUCUUCAACGCCCAGGAGGCGCGUGACGGCUACGCCACCCAGGGAUCUUACUCGGUUGUGCUGCCCGACGGCCGUACCCAGACGGUCACCUACCGUGUGGAUGACGCCUACUCUGGCCUGAUUGCUGACGUCACCUACGAGGGUGAGGCCCGCUACGACGAGUACAAGCCCAGCUACAAGCCCGCCCCCGCCUACAAGCCCGCCCCGGCUUACCAGCCCGCCCCGGCUUACCAGCCCGCCCCGGCUUACCAGCCCGCCCCCGCCUACAAACCCGCCCCCACCUACAAGCCCGCCCCUACCUACAAGCCCACUCCCGCCUACAACUAGAGAGGAGUCAUCAACGCACUUUUCUUCAAGUUCUCAAACGAAGAAGCCUUUCAUGUAUGCUUGAGUGUAUUUAUUGUGCAAUGAGUGGAAGUCAAUAAAAGCAAAGCAUCAUCAAAAACGUUAUGUUGGAUGGAA